UUCCGUGCCGCUUUCUGUUUCUGUUCUCCAGCUGGCUUGAAGUUUCUUUUUCCCGUCGCUCCCAGCUUGGGGGCGGCUUCCACUUGCUCUCUGCCGGCUCUCUGCCGGCUCUCGCCGUGCUCUCCCAGGGCUGGGGCGGGUCCAGCGCACGCAGCCGGGAGCGGGACUGGGAUCGGGAUCGGGAUCGGGACCUAGAGCGGGGCCGCCGCCGGUGCGCAGCCGGCCUCGCCAUGACGGCGGAGGAGAAGAGAAACCUGCGGUGCUACAGGCGGUACAUCGAGAGGAUCCUGAACCCCGUCUACAUCCUGAGCCACAUGACGGACUGGCUGUCGGACGAGAUGAAGGAGAGAGUGCGAAAGGAGGAGGAGAAGGGGGUGACGGCGGCCGCCGCGCUGUUCCUGGAUACUGUGCUGCUGCUGGAGGCGGAAGGCUGGCUCCGGGGCUUUCUGGACGCCCUUGUUGCAGCAGGUUACACUGGACUGGCAGAAGCAAUAGAAAACUGGGACUUCAGCAAACUGGAAAAACUGGAACUGCACAGACAGCUGUUGAAGCGGAUAGAAGCAACAAUGCUAGAAAUUGACCCAGUAGCACUCAUGCCUUACAUAAACACAUGCCUGAUAGAGAGGGAGUGUGAUGAGAUCCUGCAGAUUUGUGAAUACAGAAGCAAAGCAGCGGGGAUAACUAAACUCAUUGAAUGUCUCUGUCGCUCGGAUAAGGAAAACUGGCCGAAAAGUCUUCAUCUGGCAUUGGAUAUGGCAGGAUAUUACAAUGCAAGUGAACUGUGGAACUUAAGAGAAGAUAAUGGCAAAGAUGUUGAUGGUGAAAUGACAGGUGCCUCUGAGAAUUGUUUUGAAACCACAAUAACAUUUGCUGAAGAAGCAGAGUGUGAUAAUAAUCUCAGUGAAAAUCUUUCUUCGUGUUCAGGAAUGGUCCAUCGGUCUUCAUCUGUUUAUGAACCAAAGAAGGCUCGAAGCUACCAGAUUGAACUUGCACAGCCUGCUAUCAAUGGGAAAAACACAUUGAUAUGUGCCCCUACAGGAUCUGGAAAAACUUUUGUGGCGCUUCUGAUUUGUGAACACCAUUUGCAAAACAUGCCCUCUGGAAAAAAGCCAAAAGUUGUCUUUCUUGCAACCAAAGUGCCAGUGUAUGAACAACAGAAAAAUGUAUUCAGACAGCAUUUUGAAAGAAGUGGAUAUUCUGUUCAAGGAAUAUGUGGUGAAACAGUUGCAAGUGUCUCGGUAGAACACGUUAUACAGGACAGUGACAUCAUUGUGCUCACGCCCCAGAUUCUUGUGAAUAGCAUCGAGACUGGGAUCCUUAGGUCUCUCUCCAUCUUCACUCUGAUGAUAUUUGAUGAGUGUCACAACACCACAGGCAACCACCCUUACAAUGUGUUAAUGACCAGAUACCUGGAACAAAAAUUUAACUCCCCUGCAAACCAACUGCCUCAGAUUGUAGGUUUAACUGCUUCUGUUGGAGUUGGUAAUGCCAAGAACAUCAAGGAAACUAUAGAGCACAUAUGUACCCUCUGCUCCUGCCUUGACAUACAGGCCAUAUCCACUGUCAGAGAGAACAAAGAGGAUCUGCAGAGAUUCGGAAACAAGCCAGAAUCACAUGUCAGAUGGGUUAAAAUGCGAGCUCAGAAUCACUUUGCAGACAUUAUCUCAGGUCUGAUGUCUGAAACAGAGGCGAUGAUGAGGAAGAUUUACUCAUCAGAUACUAUCUCCCAAAUCAACAAGAAUGAUUUUGGAACACAGAAAUAUGAACAGUGGAUAGUUCUCACUCAGAAGAAAUGCAGACUGUUGCAGCUGGCAGAUAAGGAGAAGGAGAGCAACAUUUGUAGAGACCUUUUCAUUUGUACCGAACACUUGCGGAAAUUCAACGAUGCUCUCAUUAUCAGUGAAGACGCACGCAUCGAAGAUGCUUUAGCCUACCUAAAUGAAUUUUUCACAAAUGUGAAAAAUGGACCAUAUACAGAGUUAGAGAAGCAACUGACGGACAAAUUUCAAGAGAAAGAACCAGAACUGACUGCCCUUUCAAAAGAUGAAUCAAAUGAGAAUCCCAAGCUGGAAGAGCUUGCUUCCAUCCUGGACGAAGCAUACCGCUACAACCCACAAACUCGCACUAUUCUCUUUGCCAAGACAAGAGCCUUAGUAGCUGCUUUGAAGAAGUGGAUGGAAGCAAACCCUCUACUUAGCCACAUAAAGCCAGAUGCGUUGAUGGGUCAGGGAAGAAAAGAACAUAAAACAGGUAUGACCCUGCCAAUGCAGAAGGGUGUGCUGGAUGCCUUCAAAACUGACAAAGACAGCAGACUGCUAAUUGCUACAUCUGUUGCUGAUGAAGGCAUUGAUAUUUCUGAGUGCAACCUUGUUGUGCUCUAUGAAUACUUCGGUAAUGUCACCAAAAUGAUCCAAGUCAGAGGUCGUGGAAGGGCAAAAGACAGCAAGUGCGUCCUUGUGACAAGCAAAGUGGAAGUGGUUGAGAAUGAAAAACAGAACCGUUAUAAGGAAGAAAUGAUGAAUGCAGCUAUUGAAAACCUGCAGAACUGGGAUGAAACAACAUUUGCAAGAAAGAUACGUGACCUGCAAAUGAAGGAAAAGGUAUUACGAGAUUGCAGGAAGAAAGAAACUAUGAAACAUGAAGUAGUGGAAGGGAAAAAGAAUCUUCUGUGUGGAAAAUGCAAAGCCUAUGCCUGCUGUACAGAUGACAUCAGAAUUAUAAAGGACUCUCAUCACACUGUCCUAGGAGAUGCAUUCAAGGAGCGUUAUAUAAUGAAGCCUCACCAGAAACCACGUCCAUUUGAUGUUUUUGAGAAAAAAAGCAAGAUGCAUUGCCAAAAAACUAAUUGCCAGCAUGACUGGGGGAUCACAGUGAAGUACAAGACAUUUGAUAAUCUACCAAUCAUCAAAAUCAGAAGCUUUGUAGUAGAGGACAUUGAAACUGGGACACAGAUGGAUUUUCAGAAAUGGAAAAAUAUUAAUUCUUCUUUGAAGAAUUUUGAUGAAGAAACAUCCAGCUGAACUCCUCAUUUUAAUGGAUAUAUCACCCUACUGCACUCAGCUGAAAUACUGGAUGAUUAUUUUUCAUUUAUAAAAAACUUUGUUCUUUAUGCUGAUAUGCUGGGCCCCUCGUCCACAUCUGGCUGGACUAUAAAAUGCUAGUAUGGCCACUAAAAAAAAUUUGCUAUAUAAUGAAAUAUUUCACUAGAAGUUUCACGAGAAGGAUAAACAUGUGCCUAAGUAUCUAGAUCUGAAUUCUUGUGGCUAUGAAGAAGCUGGUCUGAAAAAAAAUAAGAUCAAGAUGAACGACUAACAUGAAACAUCUAACUUUAGGUGACAGGCCACAGCUUCAAGAAUUUCCGUGUGAAGCAGCAUCUUCUUUGUUACUACUUACUACUGGCUGGAUUACACCUCCAUGCAGACAAUAUGGCUUACACGUACAAACACUUUAGGCACUAUUCUAGCUACUUUUAAAAAAAUUACUUUUAAUGUUAUUUUUAUAUAUAUAUUCCUUCUCUCUAAAAGAUGCAAGGACUCCCUGAAACAACAUCUCAGCCUUGGCCAUA